AAAAUGCCUACAACCGAAGUCUCUGAUUGGGAAAAAGAGUUACUGAAAAAUUUUGUUGUAAAUAUGAUUUGGAAUCUAUAUUGAAGAUCCUGGAAAAUACGAUCCAGGGAAACAACGCAUGUAAAUGCCACCAAGUCCAUCCUUAAGAAAGGGUUUAACUUUAAGCGCUCUCUCUGUCUCUCUCGUUUUCGGGACUGUUCCGAGUUGGUCGAGUUGUUCUCCUCCAGACCGAAAUUUGGAGAAUUUCUUGUAUCAAAUCUCAGUGUUUUGUCUCAACGCCGUCAAUGAAACUGAUCGGAAUCUGUGAACGAUUACGACGCUGCGUCUAUUGAGGGUAGAACCCUAAUAAAGGCAGAAACCAUGGCGAUUAUUUCUGAGAUGCCGGAGGAAAGCAGUAGCAGUAGACCCUCGACGGCUUCUUUCAGCGCGAGAUUCGAUCCGUUGAACCCUCUUGCGUUUGUGGAGAAAGUUCUCGACUUUCUCGGGCAGGAGAGCGAUUUUCUCAAGAAAGAGACGGCGGAGAAGGAGAUCGUCGCGGCGGUGAGGGCGGCGAAGGAGAGGCUGAGGAAAGCAGAGGAGAAGACGAAUCCGGCGGAGGAGAAUCCGACUAGUGCCUCGAAUGCGGAGCCCAUGGAGGUGGAGAAGCCGAAGAAGAAGGAAAAGGAAGAAUCUGCAGAGGAGAAGACGAAUCCGGCGGAGGAGAAUCCGACUAGUGCCUCGAAUGCGGAGCCCAUGGAGGUGGAGAAGCCGAAGAAGAAGGAAAAGGAAGAAUCUGGUCCCAGAGUUCCGAACCAAGGCAAUGGUCUUGAUUUUGAUAACUACUCGUGGACCCAGACCCUCCAGGAGGUCACAGUUAACAUUCCUGUCCCUUGUGGCACUAAAGCAAGGUUAGUUGUCUGUGAGAUCAAGAAGAACAGCCUGAAAGUUGGUCUGAAAGGACAGCCUCCUAUUAUAGAUGGGGAACUCUACCGUCCCGUGAAGCCUGAUGACUGCUACUGGAACAUUGAAGAUCAAAAGGUGAUGUCAGUUCUCUUGACGAAACACGAUCAGAUGGAAUGGUGGAAAUCUCUUGUGAAAGGAGAACCCGAGAUAGACACUCAGAAAGUUGAACCGGAGAACAGCAAGCUAUCCGAGCUUGACCCAGAAACCAGGCAGACCGUCGAGAAAAUGAUGUUUGAUCAAAGGCAGAAGCAGAUGGGUCUGCCGACGAGCGAUGAAUUACAGAAGCAAGAGAUUCUGAAGAAAUUCAUGGCCGAGCACCCAGAGAUGGACUUUUCAAACGCAAAAAUCGUUUGAUCCUCGGAUUCUGGCUCCCACUUCCAAAGCCGCCCUUUUUUUUUUGGGGUAUAAGCCAUAGCUUGGAGUUAGUUGGUGUUCUCACAACAAACUUGGAGUUGGGUUUUUUGUCGGCUCUCCUCCUGAAACUCUUCUUGCUUUUGUCGUUCAUUCCGAUGGUUAAUGUCUAAUGUUAAAGACAGGUCUCGUCUUAUAUAUGCAAUCUCGAGAUGUCCAUUAUUAAACAA